UCCACGCCGCUUCCCCAGGGUGAAGGUUGGCCUGGUUUCCCUGCCAACGGAGUGUUUAACUGAGCAGAGGGCGGUAGAAGCGAGAGUGGAGUUCAGGAUAGUCGCAAAUAAUAUAUUAAAAUAAAAGCGUGAAGGAGAGUAGAAGAAGGAGGAAUAGGAAUCAGGAAGCGAAAAGAGGAAGGAAAAGGCAGUAUGGGACAGAGAGAAAAGUUAGUAAAAGAAAGAUGUGCCUUAGGAAUAAUCAGGCGUUCCUGCCGCCGCCUAAAACACGUGAAAUCCACGAGGAUUGUGGUAUUUGUAGUUUCACUGGGGCAUUAGGCUGGAAGAUGGCGGAAAUACCGCAGCUGCGCAAACGCAGAAGUAUCUUUCAGCUGCGCAUGCGCCUUAGCUCCGGGAGCACGCGGCUGGGGGGAGGAGCUUGUGCACGUCCUCGCGCCUCCUCUUGGUGGCGGGAAAACUUGGUAGAGGUUGGAAGGGGUAGCGGAGUCCUAGCGGUAGCUCACUACACCCCUCGCUUGUAGAUCCCCUUGCUCCGGAAGGUAGCUGACUUUUCUCUGGUUGCAGAUGCAGGUGCUAGGCGGGGCCAAUCCUGGUACCUGUUACCUGAGGAGAGAAGCUCUCUCUUCAGGGCGACAGGCAGCUCCUACUCCUCCUCAGAAUUCCCAACCUCCAACAAACAAACAAAAAUAACUCAGUAUCAUGUCAGGCAAUGACUGUAUGAGCGAGAACAAGGAUCUUGGUGCAUCAGCAGGAGCGGGGGCUGAGGGGAAAUUCUCUCAGGGUGGGAUUGUUGACAGGGAAAAGAGGCUAGAAAACCACUGUUUUACCCUUUGGGGAAAGCGAGGACAUUUGACUCUGUGAUACCACCGAUCUUAAUUGUUGUCUCUAACAGAGAAUUUGGUGAGGGAAGAGAAGAAAAUGAAAGCCUACCAAAAGGUCUUCCCUUUGGUUUUCAAGGUGGAUUUAGGCAUUUUCUAACUCCAAACCUUGACAUCGUCUGAGGGGAAAUGGUGCGGGAUCUGGGAUUCGCGGGCAUGUGCUCCUUUAAGCGAAAAUAACCCCGAAGGGCGAGGUUGAGGUCCGUACCAGUUGGGGACACGUGUGGGAACCUUUCAGGCAGUCUACAGCAAGAGUGUGAACGCUAUCAACAGCCCAUGAAGAAAGACCGUGUGUUUUGCUUUCAAUAUUUGUUAUUGUGAAACAGAGGAGCAGCAACGUGAGUUAUCAGAAAGUCAUUUUCCUGGCUUUCCCUUCUCUAUUGCUUGAUCAGUGACAAAGAAAGUUUGUAGUUUCUGUGCUUGAAUGAUGACAACACUGCAGAAUAAGGAAGAAUGUGGAAAGAGACCAAAGAAAAUCUUUGCUCCACCUGUACAAAAAUUGCAUAGCCUGAUACUUUGUAGCACUAACUCACCCAAGGAGGAGACCCUGGGGAUUAGUUCACCAGAGACAGAGACCAGGCCACACCUGCCAAAGGCUAGGUUAGAGAAGAAGGAAGAGAAAGCAACCACAGAGAAUGGUCCAAGCAGUGGCCAGAAGAAAAAAGGAAAGGCUCAAGACAACAAGCAAGUAGAGAAGAAAGCAAAGGAAAAAUCAAGUAUUUCCAAUGAGGAAUUUGAGGAGAUUGUCCAGAUUGUGCUGCGGAAGUCCCUCCAGGAGUGCUUGGGGAUGGGAUCUGGCUUUGAUUUUGCAGAGACUUCCUGUGCCCAGCCCAUAGUAUGUACCCAGUCAGACAAGGAGCCAGCCAUCACUGCUUCUGCUACUGAUAAUGAUACUGCUGAUAGAGAGAAGGUAAUGGUACCUCAUACUCCAGAGAUUCCAGCCUCUCAGGACAAUGAUGUUGUCUCUGCAAUAAGCACAUCUAAGUUAGGCCAGCCAGAUCUUGCACCCUCUGGGAAGAAAUUCAAUAGACUCCCUUUAAGCAAAAGAAAGAAGGAAGCUCAAGAUGAGAAAAUGGAGAAAGUCCAAGGUGGACAUGAGCAUAGACAGAAAGACCAACGGAAGAAAAUGGUUCAGGAUCAUUCUCACAUCAGGAACCAGCAAAAAAGAAAGCAAAGUGGUUUUGGGCAAUGUCUGAUCUGGGUCCAGUGUUCCUCCCCAAACUGUGAGAAAUGGAGGAGGCUGCGUGGGAACAUUGACCCCGCAGUUCUCCCAGAUAAUUGGUCCUGUGAUCAGAAUACAGACUUGGAGUAUAAUAGCUGUGAUAUUCCUGAGGAGACCUGGACAGGACAUGAGAGUGAUAUAGCCUAUGCCUCCUACAUCCCAGGAUCCAUCAUCUGGGCCAAGCAAUAUGGUUAUCCCUGGUGGCCAGGCAUGGUAGAAUCUGAUCCUGACCUGGGGGAAUAUUUUCUUUUUGCUUCCCAUCUUGAUUCCCUGCCGUCUAAGUACCAUGUGACAUUUUUUGGAGAAACAGUUUCUCGUGCUUGGAUCCCAGUCAACAUGUUAAAGAACUUCCAGGAGCUGUCCCUGGAGCUAGCUGGAGUGAAAAAAUGCAGGAACAAAGACUGCAGCCAGAAACUGGGGGCGGCCCUAAUUAUGGCUCAAGAGGCAGAACAGAUCAGCAUUCAGGAGCGGGUUAACUUGUUUGGUUUCCGGAGCCGAUACAACGGGUCUGACAGUAGUGGGGAAGGAAAAGACUUAAUGCUUUCUGGAACUAAUAGCCCAGAUUCCUGCUUGGAGAAAGAAGAGGAGGAGGAAGAGUCAGAGGUAGAAGAAGAGGAAGAGGAAGAGAAAAAAGACCCAACUUUGUCUGGUCCCAAGUCAAUCAAAACACAGACAAAAAAACCCAAGCCAAGAGGCAUGGCAAAUGGACAAGGUGGGACCUUGAAACGGAAGACAGUGAAGAGAUCUCUGGGCAGUGAAUCCACAGCUCCUCCUGCAUCCAUCACAGGAAAGAAAGAAGGCCACGGGAAUUCAGAUUCUGACAAGCUAGGCCCUAAGAAAAAAUUUAAAACUCCUGAAAUCAAGGCCUCAGCAACCAGCUUAUCUGAGGAAAUAGAAAGCAGAAUGGUGCCACAGGGCCUGAGCCCCCCAGCUCGUGCCAGGGCCUGUGCCUCAGCCAGGAAGGAAGGGCCUAGAUUCCAGGAAUCACUGACUCAGGAGGUUGGAAGUGUCCCCCACGAAGAUGAAGCCUCCAGUGACCUGGACCUGGAGCUACUCAUGGAAGAUAUUGGAAAAGAGCCAGAGCAGAGAGGAGAGCCACAGCACAGAGACGACGAAGAGGAGUUCACUGUGGCCUUCUUUGAGGAAUAGUUGUGUGCUCUCACCCUCCUUCCUGUUCUCCUGUCCCUGGAGCACGGAGCGGAGAGCCUCGCAGUGGGUCCCUGAGAAGUUGCUAAGUGUUGGGGUUGUUAAUUGACUCCCAGGUUCAAGUCAGAGUUGUGUAGUUUAUGUUAAUAAAGCAGGUCACCAGUUUGUUGGUUCAA